AGUCAACAGUACUAAACAGGCUAAAACCAAACUAUCAUUUUCCACAAGGCUGUUUGUUUUCAUGAGUUUCUGCUACAGCUUCAUCAUCGGAUGGAGGUGAAUGGGCUAUCAAACAGCAAAAUGGAUCUCUGUUAUGAUGCUUUGAAUGGAUCCUGUGGGAAAUAUGUAAGACCAUACGGCAUCCACAGUCUGAUGCUCAUCGCCAUGAUGUUGACCACUAUUGUGACCAUCAUUGGGAAUCUACUGGUCAUCAUCUCCAUUGGACAUUUCAAGCAACUUCACACACCAACAAACCAGCUGAUUCUGUCUCUCUCCCUUUGUGACUUUCUCCUCGGGCUGUUUGUCAUGCCGUUGAGCGCCGUCCGUUCCAUGCAGGGCUGUUGGUACUUUGGUGAUUUCUUAUGUAAGUUACACACAUGCAUUGACAUGACUCUCAGCACCGCUUCGAUUUUCCACCUCGUGAGUGUGUCUGCCGAACGUUGUUGUGCUGUGUGCUGCCCAUUAACCUAUCAUUAUCGCUUCGGUUUUCCAACAGUGCUGUUAAUGAUCUCUAUCAGCUGGUUGAUUCCUGCCAUAUUCUCUUACAUGAGUACCUUCCUCGAACUCAACCUUCAAGGUGACAGGGACUUCUACGAAACACACGUACGCUGUGUGGGAGGGUGCCAUGUCUUCUUUGGUCCCGGUCCGGCCGUAGUCACCUCCCUUUUUUCUUUCUACGUUCCUGGUCUCAUCAUUAUUGGCAUUUAUUCUCGAAUAUACAUGAUUGCGCGAAACCAAGCAAAAUCUAUUAGUCUUCAGCUGAACCAGCUUAGGAGAGUUUAUCCAUCGGAAGGCACACAACGUCGGGCACAGAAGGCUACGAUAACGAUUGCUAUCAUAGUUGGAGUUUUCCUGGUUUGCUGGACUCCUUUUUUCCUCUGUAACAUCAUGAAUCCUUUUAUUGGCUACACAAUAUCACCAGUGUUGAUCGAUGCACUUGUUUGGUUUGGCUAUGUCAAUUCUACCUUAAAUCCUUUCAUUUAUGCAUUCAUGCAUUCUUGGUUCAGAAAAGCUGUGAGGAUUAUAGUAACUGGAGAAAUAUUUAAAAACAAUAGCUGCAGAAAACAGUUAUACUCAUAACUAAGGCCUUAUUCAGAAUAUUGAUCAGUUAGACCAAUUGUUUCACUAAAUGAUUAAUCUGCUGGCCAGAACUUUGUAAAUGCAACCAAAAAUCAGCCAUGCCUUCCUAAAACAUUAUGUUCAAACAUGCCCCCACAUAUCUACAUCCAUGUGUGGGAAGAUAUCCAUAAUACUGUCCGAAUGUACUGUAUAUGCAUAGAAAGAAGGCAUAACUUUGAUUAUCAUUGUAUUAUUGUUGCUACCGCCAUGUCAUGAAGACUCUGUGUUUCAAUAUGAAAGUCAAACAACUUUGUUUGGUCUUCCAAAAGAGGACACAACUAGAAAUCAGGGGUUACGUUUUAUUUACAAAAGUGUUCCAGAACAGUACAACCCAAAUAUUCAAGUAUGUGCAGCAUAUUUUACAGAGGAAAGUUUCCUGAUCCUGGUAAGGGGUGAAACAUUUCCACCACAUGCUUGAGGUUUCCGGCCAAUCAAAAUGGACUGGAUAACUGGCCAAUCAGAGCACACUGUGAUAAGUUAAAAAAAAUAAAAAAAUUCUGUCUGUCUCCCUAAUGACAAAAAGCUAAGCUCUGUAGGGCAUUAUAGGUAAACAGGUUGGCUGUGAUAAUAAUGUGACAGGACACAGCUAAUGAGCUUACCGUGCUAAGCAGGUGAGCGCUGGUUAUUAACACCUUUGAUUAGUCCAACUGCUCUGAGAGUCACUCUGAUAAAAUGGAGUAUGAUAACAAGUCUCAUGGCUCCAAGACAUUAAUGAGGUGUGUGUGACCGAGAGCUGUGUUUUUUUCUUCUAAAAGUUAAGAAAUACUCAGUCCAGUGCAGAAAUUUGCAUUUACUGUAGUUGCAGUUAUAUAGUUUAAUUACUUUUAAAGCAAUUUAAAGACAUUAACAGUUUGAAGUUGUAAGUUUAAUAGAUAGAAUAUUUCAAAAGGGGUGUGUGAAGUUCUUUUCCAUAUUUUAAAAUUGAAAUAGCCUUUCUAUUGUCUAACACUAAAAACAAAUAAUAAUUGUAUAACACUGUUAAAUUAAACUUCAGAAUACACAUGGUCCUACUGUUGUUUAUAAUGUUGUGAUGCCUGAAUUCACUUGUAUAAUCAAAAACAAUGUUUAGACAAAAUUGUAUAGAAUUUUAAUAUUAAGCACUUGGUUUCCAGCCAUAACAUAUAAAUAAUUCUAACCUUAUUAGUGUCGGCCAGAAUUUCAAAGGGGUCAUCGGAUGCAAAAUUCACUUUCGUUGUUGUUUGAACAUAAAUGGGUGUUGGAAGUGUGUGUACACAUCCAUCCUAUUAUGAUAAAAUCCACCCAGUGUCUUUUUUUAAAUCCCUAUUUUAAAAUCCCUUUUCUCAAAUCAGCCUGUUUGGACAUUCCUGUCAGAAUUCCUGCACAAGCCCCUCCUACGAUAGUUGAUUGACAGGGCCAUCUUACCUCAGACCCUCCCUGAGUGAGCUGUGAGCUGGAGCCAUUGUGUCGUUGCAGGGGAAGACAAGAAUGUCUUCGUUGAAUGCAAUAAGGGACAUAGAAGUUGUCAUUUACUCCCAAUAUCUGAGCCGCUGAAGACGAAGAGAAUUAACGUUACUUUCGUUUUUGAAAUUAAAGCUCUUAAAUGCAUUUAUGUUCACGCGAAUCAUUUGUGAUCCAGCUGCAUCUACAGAACAAGUGUGUUAUAAGGGUUUUAUGCAAGUUUUUUACGCUAGUAGCCAUGUUUCGCGGCUGAAGUUUAAAGUCUGCUCGUCACCCUACAGAAGAGAGAGGCGGGGUGUGUUGAGCUCGUUAGCAUUAAAAGCAACAUGGACUAGAACAGGGUGCUGGAAACAGCGCUGAUUUUGACAAGGUAAAAAGGUUGUUUUUUACACUACCAUU